AUGAGAAAGAAAAUAGAGAAAACAAAAAAAAAACCUUGGACUGAUUAUGAGGAUUCACAAGUUAUAUAGUUAGUUGAAUUGCAUGGUCCUCAUAAAUGGACUUUUAUUGCUUCUAAAUUACCAGGAAGAAUAGGAAAAUAAUGCAGAGAAAGAUGGCAUAACCAUUUGAAUCCACUAAUAAAAAAAUAACCUUGGGAUCCUGAUGAAGAAUGGAUACUAUUUCUAUAUCAUAAAGCAAUUAGUAAUAAAUGGGCAGAAAUUGCUAAACAUUUGGAAGGAAGAACAGAUAAUGCAAUAAAAAAUCAUUGGAAUUCAGGUAUGAAGAAGAGAAUCUCAGAAUUCAUUGAAAAACUAUAGAAUAUUAAAUAAUAGUUUAUUCUAAAAGGGUUACCUUCUUAUUUUGAUCAGUUUCAGAUUGAAUUUGAAAAAAAGGCUCUUGAAAUCAUUUUUUUAAAUAAAACCUAUGUUAGUUUGAUAACAGAUUCAGAGGAAGAGAAUGAAGAACCUAAAAAAUAACCAGUCCUUUAAAGCAAAGAGAGCACUGCUUUAAGAAAGUAGCAUUAUAACGAUUCAAAAAUAAGAACAAUUCUCAAGCAUCCUAGAAGAAAUCGAAUGCAUAAAAAAUAUCUUCUUUUCAAAAAGUAGCAAAAGGAUGGUGCUAAUUCAAAUAAAUAAUAUAUGCUACAAUGGACUUAAACUCCUUAGAAAUAUGAAAAUGAUGAUUACUAUUACACACCUGCAGCAUUCAAUAAAUAAAGAAGAUUAAGUCAUAGCAGUUUUAAAUAUAGUUAACAAUAAAGCUAUUUAAAUGAAUCUUUUAUGGAAAGAGAAGAACUCAAAUAGAAUCUAUUCCUUUGA